AUGACAGCCGCAAAGCAGGCAGUGCUUCGAGAGCAGCCUCCGCGGGUGGGCGGGGAGGGGGAGGGGCAGGCCUUGCUCCUUCCCAAGCGGAUUUUUCUCAAAUCCAAAUCCCAGUCCACUCGGCACCCACUUGGAGCAAUUGAGAGCGUUUUCACCAAACGCCGUACAUAUGGCAUUGGAUCGUGUAACCUGAAAACGCUCCUGUUGUUUUUCACAUCUGUACAGUGGGUUUUGAUUCCCACCGUGGCUAUCACACAGUUUCGGUUAUUUAAAGUAUGUACCUGCCUAGCAAUAUUCUCAUUCCUAAAGAGAUUAAUAUGCAGAUCUGGCAGAGGACAGAAACUAAGUGGAGACCAAAUAACUCUGCCAGCUACAGUUGAUUAUUCAUCAGUUCCUAAGCAGACAGAUGUUGAAGAGUGGGCUUCCUGGGAUGAAGAGGCACCCACAAGCGUAAAGAUUGAAGGAGGGAAUGGGAAUGUGGCAACACAGCAAAAUGCUUUAGAACAACUGGAACCCGACUAUUUUCAGGACAUGAUACCAACUCUAAGGAAAACCCAGAAAAUCAUUAUUAAGAAGAGAGAACCAUUAAAUUUUGGCAUCCCACACGGUAGCACAGGUUUCUCUAGUAGACUAGCAGCUACACAAGAUAUGCCUUUUAUUCAUCAUUCUCCUGAAUUAGGUGACUUGGAUACCUGGCAGGAAAAUACCAGUGCAUGGGAAGAAGAAGAAGAAGAUGUGGCCUGGCAAGCCGAAGAAGUUCUGAGGCAGCAGAAGACAGCAGACAGAGAAAAGAGAGCAGCAGAAAGGAAGAAAAUGGAAAAGGAAGCACAGCGGCUAAUGAAGAAGGAACAAAACAAAACUGGUGUGAAAGUUUCAUAA